AGUUACUAAUGUCUCUUCGGAGACACCAGAUAAAAUUGGAACGAUACAGAGAAGAUUAGCAUGGCCCCUGCGCAAGGAUGACACGCACAAAUCGAGAAAUGGUCCAAAUUUUUUUUCGCACCCUAGCCCAAAAAUUAGGGCUCUUGGGUUAGGAUGUGACACUCGAUCGAUCGAUCACAAUGGCGGCCACUUGCCAGACGGGGAUGAUGAUCGGAGCUGCUGGCCACGCCGCCGCCUCACCACCGCCGUCGCAGCGCCGCGGCGCUGGAGGUAUGUUUAAAUUGCCGGGAGGACGAGGUAGAAUGGGGAGGAGAAUCAGCGUGAGAGCAGCCAGUGGAUCGGCGAGUUCUGGUGAGAAUGGGGUUUCCCAGGUGACCCUGGAGUCCAUCUCCGCCGAGGCACCGCCCGGGGCGCGCAAGGAGGCCGUGAAGAAGCGAUCGGCGGAGAACAUCAGGGACGAGGCGAGGAGGCACGGCAUUGGCGCUCCUCCAAACACUUUCUCGGCCAAGUACGUCCCCUUCUCCUCUCGAUCCAGCUCGAGCGAGGAGUACUACUCCCUGGACGAGGUGAUCUACCGAAGCAAGACCGGGGAUCUCCUCGACGUCCAGCACGACAUGGAAGCUCUUGCCAAGCACGACGCGAAGUACUGGAAGAAUCUCUUCGACUCCCGCGUGGGGAAGACUUCCUGGCCGUAUGGUUCCGGUGUGUGGAGCAAGAAGGAAUGGGUUCUUCCGGAGAUCGACAAUGACGAUAUAGUGAGCUUGUUCGAAGGGAACUCGAAUCUCUUCUGGGCGGAGAGGCUGGGAAAAGAGAUGCUGGACAUGAACGAUCUCUGGGUGAAGCACUGUGGGAUCAGCCACACUGGAUCGUUCAAGGACUUGGGAAUGACGGUGCUGGUGAGCCAAGUUAACAGGCUGAGAAAGAUGAAGAAGCCAGUCGUGGGUGUCGGCUGUGCUUCUACCGGUGAUACGUCCGCGGCUCUCUCGGCCUACUGCGCUGCCGCGGGGAUUCCAGCCAUUGUUUUCCUCCCUGCCAACCGGAUCUCCAUCGCGCAGCUCGUCCAGCCGAUCGCAAACGGAGCUCUGGUGCUCAGCCUGGACACGGACUUCGACGGCUGCAUGAGGCUGAUACGCGAGGUGACGGCCGAGCUCCCGAUCUAUCUUGCAAACUCUCUCAACAGCUUGCGGCUCGAGGGGCAGAAGACUGCCGCGAUCGAGAUACUCCAGCAGUUCGACUGGGAAGUUCCCGACUGGGUGAUAGUUCCCGGAGGGAACUUGGGCAACAUCUACGCGUUUUUCAAAGGCUUCCAGAUGUGCAAGGAGCUCGGGCUCGUCGACAGGAUCCCACGCCUCGUGUGCGCACAGGCGGCCAACGCAAACCCGCUCUACCGCUUCUACAAGUCGGGCUGGGAGGACUACAAGGCGAUCAAGGCAAACCCGACGUUUGCCUCGGCCAUCCAGAUUGGCGACCCGGUGUCGAUCGACAGGGCCGUGUACGCGAUGCAGCAGUCCAAUGGUAUCGUGGAGGAGGCCUCGGAGGAGGAGCUCAUGGACGCUGCUGCUCAGGCGGAUCUCACAGGGAUGUUUACGUGCCCCCACACUGGAGUAGCGCUCUCGGCACUGACAAAGCUCCGUCGCAGCGGCGUGAUUGGAGCCACGGACAGGACGGUGGUGGUGAGCACGGCUCACGGUCUCAAGUUCACGCAGUCCAAGAUCGCGUACCACUCGAAAGAGAUUCCGGACUUGGCGUGCCAGUUUGCGAAUCCGCCGCUGCAAGUUCCCAAUGACUUUGGUGCGGUGAUGGAUGUUCUUCGCAAAGAGUUGUCACUAAGUGGUGCACCGGGUUAAGAUGAUCGAAGAAGACGAUCAGAGUGUAUAUUGGUAUGUAUAUACUGGGCGAUAAUCAUCGCCUAGAGGUAGAGAAAAAUAAAAAAUAGAAAUGGCCUUCUCUUGUA